AUGGCACUUGCGAGCAACACGCUUCCAACGCUUCCUAUUGAGGCAGCGUUGCUGACGGUUCUGGACGUUGGUAUACACGGGAAGCGCGCUGCGGUACCAGGAAAACUACUAGGUUUGCGCACGAGCGCAGACAUUGAGUCGGUGGUGAGGCGCGGUGAGCUGCCUUUUCGUGAGAGAUUUCUUCUGGUGACGGCUGUCAGCCGCGACGGGCGUUCUAUUCGAAUCAGCGACGGCAAGAAUAGCAUCCUGGCGACGUGUUCGGAGCGGCUCUCGCAGGAAGCGGACGUACACGGAACGGUGCCGUUUCCGGUGUCUUUGCGCGACCGAUGUGUAUUUAUGAACGGGUGUGUUCGGCUCAGUGCGGCACGUGACCUGGAAUCAACGAUUACGGAGCCCGACGCGUGGGAUCUCGCAGUGCGCGAGCACGCUGCCCGCCUGUACGGGCAGUGGUUUCGAAAGACGAUGCUUGCGGGUGGCGGGACCCGACCCUGGACUGCUUUUCUGCAACAGGUCACCAUUGAGAGUUUCAUUCGAGUCGAAGUCGAGCUGGUCAACACACAGACGACAGCAUGGGCGUUUCCGAACCGAAUGAUGACCGGAGAUGUGGUGGAUGUGAACCAAAGCUUGCGAGUCAAAAGGAAACUGACGCAGUGCCUGAUCCAUCUGUUGGCACCAAUUGAAUACCGCGAUAAUGUGCCGGCGUAUGCAGGGAGCGCAUCGGCGAAGACAGGUGUUCGCGGUGCAGAUGCGCUUCACGAGUUGCCUUGCUCCGAUGCGGUACCAUCCAAUGAAACCUCCGGUGGGUAUCCUCGGAAUGCGUGUCCAGUCGAGGACGCGGGCUCAACAACCGGAGCCGUCCCACAGGCGCAGCACGCGCCAAUACCGCGGCCUCUGGCUCUGCGUAUGCGACUUGCAGCCAAACAGCGACCUGUCGAAGGAUCAGACGAUCCGAUGCCACAAAGUGAGGCCGCUGAUUCCUGUGCACCGAUCAACUCCAGCAAAUGCGAUGGUGAUGUUAGAGCGCAAGCGCCUCCGCUGAGGAAGAACGCGAAAAUUGGUCAGUCUCAUGAGCCGUUGCCGGACGCUAUGGCCACAGAAAGCAGCGGAGGAACUGAUCAAGGCUCAGGUGCUAGCGCAAAGCAUGCGGUUCAUAUCGAGAAUCAGAUCGCGGCCAUGGCUUUGCCCAAAGUCGACCUGGCCCCAACUGGUAGCACGUGGGCGAAUGUCGGCGACGCAGAGAAAUCGAACACCGAAGCGCCCGAAAGCACCGUGGGUGGCACUUCCGAGAACGCCUUACUUCGGGGGAAAGAGCUCCGCGUUCUCUAUAACGCACUGGAAGCGAUGCGCCUGCCACCGAGUUCCUUGUCUGCAUUAGAAGAUGAGCAUGCAAGGGGUCCAGUAACGGAAAUCGGCGCGCUCGGGUUGGCGCCUGCUCCGAUUUCUGGCCCCGUGUCUGAGCAAUGUGCAUCUACCGAGGAUGAUCAAAUAGCCCCUGCGGUUGGCAGCCAGCAAAGCCAGCACACUGCUCUCACACCCGGGACGCCAACGGCAUGCCCAACGAACGACGCUGUUGAGAACGCACAGCGAAAUUUACAUAGCGAUCUGGUAUGUGUCACGGAGUCUGUUGAAAGCGAUGCCGUGCGCCGAGGAGCGCCUCCAGGAGCAAACACCAUCCCUAGUGAUGGUGAUGACAAAAACGAUGAUGCGGCUCAAGCAUGUCAGGAUCAUUCGGACGGUCGCAAACCAUCGAGUGAUGAUCGAAUACGCUCUCAGAAACGUAUGCGCAUCUCACAUUUGAGCUGCGACCGCAGAAGCCCUGAAAAACCCCAGGAGAGCGAGAGCGUCUGCACAAGUACGUCCCGAGAAACAUUUCAGCAAGACAAUAACAUUACGAACAGCGUUAGCACUUUCGAAGCAAACCUCAUGAAUAUGAGCCCGGUACCGCGAAAGCGUUGCAAGGCUAUUGUGCCAAGCAGCGCCACACGGACACCUUCUGAUGGACCCGCUCACGCCAGUAACGAACGACAAAUCUCUCCCCAAGAUCGCGCAGACGAGGCAACUGUGCGCGACAGCAAUGGGACUGCGGCUGUAGCAAUAGCCCCUGCAUUCCAAGACACCGCAAACGGAACCUUGCCGCAUAGGCAGUCGCAAAGGUCGCGCCAAACCCGCAACGCCGCUGUAACAGACGGGGAAAAUACGUCAGGUUCUCUGAAUGCAACAGCACUGCCGCCGAAAAAUCGCCGAGGUAAGAAGCCACGGCGGCGCGCUCCUCAGCCUAUUGAAGAGACGGGUCAUUCCUCACCCGGGCAGGGCACGCGCAACAGCACGUUCGUCGGCCCCAGCAAAGCGUGCGACUCGUCCCAGCAAGCUCUGCAGCGCACACAACUGGAGUGUCAGUUAGAAACGGCUGGCAAACACUCGAACCAGCACGAGUCAGUUCCUUUUGACUGCGCUCGCGACCAGACCAGUGACUCAUCGACGACGACAAUGACGACGCAGCCACCACCAACAUCACCACCAUCGUUUUCUAGUACGGUACCGCCAGACGCUCAGCGCAUUGCCGUAGAGUCUCCGCAGCUCGCGGAUUCAGCCGCAUCGCCUGCUGGGCAAGAGCACCGCGGCCGCAAAACUCGCUCGGAACGGCGCCCCUUACCGGUGCAUGCGCAGGAUAGAGGUGAUGGCGCAUGCAGGAAUGCCACGUGUCCCGCUGGAGACAGCACCAUCGACGCGCACGCAUCUCCAUUGAUGACUGGCGAGCGUGAUCGCACGCACCCGGUACGUGGAAGUGCGCGCGCUGCAGACGCGACUGCAUGCGCUGAUGGUCCGAAAAACGCUAUGCAGGCUAGUGGCGAAUUGCAUGAGCGCCGCGAUGCCCCCAGUGUGCCUUCAGAUGAUCUCCAGAGCCUCGUUGCGAAUGGAACACCGCGAAUGGCGCUGCUAACAGCUGGUACCGUCCAAUCAAAGCGGUCUGAGGAGGAACGGUCCAUGUCAGCAGCAGUUACGCCCGUUCGCUCAGGGCACGCGAGUCCCGACACAACUUGUGCCCAGAGUGCUCUGCCGCCGUGGGCUCGCUACCUGCGCAACCUCGGUAGAUGGCGGUUUUUCAAGGGACAAAAAUGGCGAAAUGAUCCCCGAGAUCCCUCCUAG